UUAUUCAUUUUCCUCUCCCGUCUCUCCCUCCGCCGAUCUCUGCACACACGCUCACGCCGCAGGGAAGAUGCCUUUCAAGAGGUACAUAGAGAUCGGGAGGGUUGCCCUCAUCAACUACGGCAAGGAUUACGGCAGGCUCGUCGUCAUCGUCGAUGUGGUGGACCAGAACCGGGCUCUUGUCGAUGCACCUGAUAUGGUUAGGUCGCAGAUGAAUUUUAAGAGGCUCUCACUUACUGAUAUUAAGAUUGAUAUCAAGAGGGUCCCUAGGAAGAGCGCUCUCAUUAAGGCUAUGCAGGAGGCUGAUGUCCAGGGUAAGUGGGAGAAGAGUUCUUGGGGGAGGAAGCUUAUUGUUCAGAAGAAAAGGGCAUCCCUUAAUGAUUUCGACAGAUUUAAGCUCAUGUUGGCCAAAAUUAAGAGAGGUGCAUUGAUCAGGCAAGAACUGUCAAAGCUCAAGAAGGAGAGUGCAUCCUAAGCACGAGUUUCUUGCGUCAUGCGGACCAAGAGUUUUUGGAACAUGUGGUAUUUGCUUUAAACGGAUUGUUUCCUGCUGCUUUUACUGGAGUUUAGAAGCAUCUGAUGGACUAUUGUAUUUCGUGACUUUAUUGAGUGCACUUAGUGAAGAUAAUAUCUUUUUGGGACAUGUUUAUCCUCUAUCAACAUCAUAUGAAACGAUGCAGGUCUCUUUUUUUCUUUUGCUGUUUUUUUAUGACAGAGAAACGAGAGAUUUACUUCAUUUAUUGCAAGUAAUGCUUUUUACCUUU